AUGAGCGUCUGGAACUCAAACUUCUGGAAUUUAUUCGACGCUCGAUACAAGAAAGCAACUUGGAUCGUUUUGAUUGUCCUUAUACAGGUAGUCAUUGCCCUCACAGUACCACGUUUAUUCCUGAAGGGGCCGAAGACUCGAUCUACCUUCAUGUCCCUCGGCAUGGGUGCCAAAUCUCUCAUCUUUAUCGCUUACGAGGUCUCCACUGAGUAUUUUCACAAGCUCCAACGAUGGAGAAGCUACAAAGCAAACACCAUUCUCAAUGGUCUAGAUAUCGCUUUCUGGGGAGCUGUGGCUUUCCUCAACCUUCAAGCCAACAUUACCAGCUGCAGUGGAGUGAGCUGUUACCUAGGAUGGGCGAUCGUUGGUAUUGCGUUGGUUGUCAAUCAAGUCUACAUCUUCGCUUUCAUCAUGUGCUGGCGGGAAUGGAAGGGUCUCACGGGAAGUCAUCGAUCACUGCAUCAGGAGGAAGCUCUUGGGAAGUUAUCGAGCAACUCCUCUAGCAUUCCGAUGCAGACCACCAAGACUACGUUUGAAUGA